CCCGCCCACAUUCAUGACGCAGCUAGGGAAACAUGGCAGAUUCCAUCGAUGACAAGCAGAAAAUAUCAGCGGUUCUCGCUGACAUUUUGAAUGCGAAACAGUGCUCCGAACACCUGCGGGGGUUGAAAACGUUUACAAGUGCGCUGAAAGAUGCAGAAUACAGGGAUGCCGUGGGGGAGGACGUUUUCUCUGAUCUCCUCAAGGUCCUCAUCAGGCUGCUUGAAGGCCUGCAGAGUGCGAGCGAAAGCGGCGAUGACGACGCGCGGCCCCCUGCCCUGCAGCUCCAGCUCACAGCCGAGUGCUUCAGGUCCCAGAGGAACUCCUGCGUUCAAAGCCCACGCAACCAGAAACUGCUUAGGGAGCUUGGAUUCAUUGGUAUAUCCCUUAAACUCCUAAGUUUUCUUCAGACCCUAAAUUUGGAGACCAAAGACGCCUUAUAUGAACCUCUUCGCUGUGGGAUCCAGUUUCUUGGAAACCUCGCUGUCGGAAACCAGAUGAGCAAGGAUGAAGUCUGGCGGCUCAGCUUCCCCGACAUCCUCCUGCAGCUGCUCUGUAUCGAUGAUGAGAAGGUGGUGAACUACACCUCCAUGGUUCUCCACACGUGUCUGGAUGAGGCCAAAGUGGAGGAUCUGUCAAAGCCGCAGAACAUCAAGCUGGCUCUCAAAGUGAUGGAGCUGUGCAGGACCCAGCCUGACCUGGACUGGACUGUCCUGAUGGCAACUCAGCAUUUUCUCAAAUCUUCAGCUCUGGUGGAAAGCAUGUAUUCUGGGAUGUCCCAUCAUGACAGAGUAACUCUCUUGGAGCUGCUGUUGGCCCAGUUAAGAGAAGAGGGUUCAGAGGGCGGUGGUGUUCCCCCCAGUGUGGCCCAUUUCCUGGCCAGUUCCUUCCAGAAAGAUUGCGGGGCGGUUCUCACGCUCGCGACCGGUUCUGCUUCCAGCAACGAGGUCCUGCAGGAGGCGCUAACAGUGAUAAGUCUGCUGGACGUGCUGUGUGAGAUGACCUCAGACCACAAGCAGUUCAUGUUCCUGCAGGACCACCCCGAUCUUCUAGAGACCACCGUUGAGCUUCUGGAGCAAGUGCAUGCUAUCGGGAAGGCCAGUAGGAAUAUUUUCAGCGCCACUCAGAACUUCUCCCCCUUUACCGGAGAGGAAGACCCGGCCUCGGAUUCCCCGGUGGUCAACUUUAAGGCCCACCUCAUCAGGCUCAUAGGAAACCUCUGCCACGGCAACACCAGCAACCAGAACAAGGUUAGGGAACUGGAUGGCAUCCCACUCAUCUUGGACAACUGCAACAUUGACAGCAACAACCCUUUCAUCAGCCAGUGGGCCAUCUUCGCCAUCAGGAACCUUCUGGAAAACAACCAGCAGAACCAGGAGCUGGUGGCUGCUGUGGAGAGGCGCGGCCCGGUGGACCACUCCGCGCUCAGGGAGCUGGGCUUCCUCGUUGAGGAGCGAGAUGGAAGCUUGCUGUUCAAAACUGUGAGGAAAGACUCCUAAAGACGUCGGAAGAUGAAGGUUCUCUCAACCCAUCAGUGGGUUUUAAAGCAGAGCAGCUAAAGAAAUGUGCAUUUACCCAGUAGAGAUGCUUUUACCCACAAUCCUUAAAUCAGAAAAGUCUGUACAAUGAACUUUUCUACCUCUCCAAAGUGAUUCCAUAGACUUAAGACCCUACGAGGUCUGCAUGCUAUAAGACGCAGAUGUCAGGAGCUCCAAGUCUGGGGAAUGAGGAGUCGGUGAGUGGCAAACACACGCUGGCACCUCUCGGAGACGUCGAUGUUUUGUGGUUUAAUCCAAAGACAAGAGCACCGCAGGGUCGAGGCUUUCUGGCUUUUCGAACGCGGUUCAGGUUACCAGCAGGCGCUGGCGUUUAAUCUCAGGCCCAAACGUGGCUUUUGCCGUUACCAUGAAAGAGAAUGUCUAAAACGUGAGGUAAUCUACCCCCUGGCGGCCUAGCCUAAUUAAAAUAUCGUGGCCGCGGGAUGAAGCUCUGCUUAUUAAACCGCUUAAAAUAACUGCGUGUCCGACUAGACCCAUUAUUAGGAUUGUAGGGAGAAAACAUCUAAUCCAAGAAUAAAACUUGAAGCUGUGACCGCGAGGUGGGAAAUGCAUCUUAAUUGGAGACUUUUUUUUUCCUCCUUUUUUUUUUUUUUUUUUUCAGAAAUCAACCCAAAAAAAUAAAAAAAAUAAACAAAAGCAUAGCAACCUAUAGUACCCUAUUGGUUCUUGGCACCUGUAGUAAAAAUGUGUAAGAAGCUUAGACAUUCAUCUUUUACUGCAGCACCAGAUUCUCACUGAAAAAAUGUAAGUAAAAGUCCAUCCAGCUGACAGAAAAUGUUACAUGCAAGCGGAGUUUGAAUGCUGUGUUAAAAGUCUACCAGAUAUUUCACCCAAGUAGUCCUGCAGCGCAAAAACACAAAAUCUUGUCAAGUAUUUUUGGUCUAGUUUCUGGUACAAAUAUCAUGUUGCUAGUUCUACUGGCAGAUUUGUUUUACUUAUGAGGGAAAAUGUUGUGUCUUUAAGUUAAAUAAUCUCAGUGGAACCAUUUUUUUAUUUUAUUUUAUAAUUUUUUUUUUUUACUUAAAACAAGCUUUAUCAUGCGGGAAAGUUAUGUGUACGUUAGUUUUGUCUUAUUUCAAGUAUACUAAGGUAUUGGCACGAGAAACUAGACCAAAAAUACUCGACAAGAUUUUGUGCUUUGGUAGUGUAUUGUGUUUCAAUAUUUUGUCCAGCUCCCAAAAAGACUGAGACAAAGAAGAUUGGUAGAUCUGUGAUGCUGUAGGCUUGUGAUUUAAAAAAAUAAAUAAAAAUGUUUCUAGGAAUCCUGUAAUGGACCCUAGUCUUUGGAACAGUAGGCAAUUUUAAAUAACAACGUGGUGGGCUCGUAACUGCAAACUUAAAAAUGCAACCAUUAGGAAUCUAAAGCAUGCAGCCAAAUCAUCACAGAAAUGAUUGAUCAGACAAAAAUGUAUCUUCUGCUACAACGAUCUAACCUGAAUUCAACAGAAAAGCUUUGGGGGGAACUGACAAGAACAAAUCCUAAAAGAGUGUAGCUUUAGCUCAAUUGGAGACCAAAUUGUAACGUGUAGUAGUUUGUUUUCACACUGCUCUGUGUCAAACAAUCCAAACUAAUUGAAAAACCUGUUUACUGCUUUCCUUGUGGUGGCGCUGCAACAGGAACCACUGAAGGAAAAGACUCUGAACAAUUCAUUCUUCACAAAAUGGAUUGGCGCUUGUAGGAUUCCUCUUGUUGUCUUUGGUAAACAACCAGGAUCCAUUUCUGUUUGAUUGUAUUUGCCCUGCGCCACAAUCCGCUUUGUGCUUUUGGAGCGGUCUCUGCAUUCACACAUGCUUUCAAACUACACCAGAGUUUACUUCGACCGAAACGAGACCUAGGUUCUUAGGUGGACUAGAGUUGGCUUUUUUGGUUCGGAUCAGAGUUUGAUUUAAUUGCCCAAAUUAACCGAACCUUCUUACGCAAAUGGACUAAUGUUUGAUUAAAACGUAAUUGGUGUGAACGCACUCUCAAACUUAUCUCCAGUAAUUAUGCAGAGAGGUUCGAUAAGUUAUUGGCUCUUUUUUUUUCUUCCUGUUUUCAGUGUGAGCUUGUGCAACUGCAAGAUAAGAUGACAAUUUUAGAUCCUUGUUAAACCUCUUUAGCAGGGGUUCCAGUAAUUGUCACUUUUCUAAACUACUGUUGUCUUUUCUGAAACUUUUGUUUUGUGUUUAGGUAUUCAAGAUUUCUUGUUUUGCACAUCUGAGAAAACAUCUGUGCAUAUGCAUGCUUUAAAGAUAUAUACAUGUAUAUGAAAAAAACAAAACUGCCUAACAUGAGUUUAUAACUGCACUUCUACUAGCUUUGGCACUGAAGGGUUUAUUGCUCGAUAGUGGGGAUUUCCACUACGUCUUCCAUGUAUAAUAAGCUGAUGGCAUGCAUCAUAAAUCGUUAACCAUCUCAUUAAAAUCAAAUCUAAACAGCC